AUGGGUGUAAGAAGCCUUCUGGUCAGUCCUCAAUACUCGAUUUACAAUACUACACUUUCCCCCUCCUUCACAGAAUUUGAGUCUGGUGAGAAGGCUUGGGCACAAAUACAUCAAUCAUCGUCGUGUUGUCUUCUUUAUUCCAGGGUUCCGAUGGCGAAGCAUAAACGACAGUCUGUUGGCAGCAAUGCUCCUCGAACAGAGCAGCUGAAUGAGCAGGCUCUAUCCGCGCUGACGGCCAAAAUUGACAAAAGCCUAGGCAAAGCAGCCAAAGACAGCGAUGGAAGCAAGAACAAAAAACGCAAGCUCGCCCCUGAAGGAUCCUUGGCGAGUCCCCGUCAUCGAAAGAAACCGGCGCAUGGUCUUCAGGGUUCUGGAAAAGACUUUGAUGGUGAGGUUGCCGAGACCAAAAACAGCAAAGACGGCGCCAUCUCUCGUGAUGCUCUGCUGGAAGAGAUACGUGCUCUUGGUGGUGAUGAAGAGGACUUGGUGCUUAUCGGAGACAUUGAUUCUGAUCAAGAGGAAGCAAACGGCGGACAAGACUCGAAUGCCACUGUCGAUGGCAAGCUUCAAAGCGAGUUAGCUGCUUUCGCUGCCCAACUUGGCCUCCAGCAGUAUCAUGAUCAAGCCAGCAUAGAUGGAGACGAGCAACAUGACCUUAAAGACGGGGGCGACGAAGCAGAGGGUGCUGACCUUGAUGAAGAUCUCGCUAAUGAAACAACAAUCUCCCCAGCAUCGACCCUCAACAAGCCCAAGGAUUCGCCGAAGAAGCAGUUCAAAUUUGAGCCUCGAGCGGACUGGCACGGCGUCAAUUUGAGCGAUCUUCCCGAACCCAUCUCGACGGACAUGGACGAUUACCAAGGCGCCAUUUAUGCGCUAAAGAACCAUGGCUUGACCCUUCUCGACGCCGAUGCUUCAACAUAUGCCAAAAGCGUCCUGGCUUCUUCCUCUCACAAGUUUCUUUCCACAAUCAUGUCGUCCGGUACUUUGUCUGAUAAGGUGUCGGCUCUUACACUGGCAAUACAGGAGUCCCCCUUGCACAACGUCAAGGCUUUUGAAUCACUACUUGGCCUUGCAUCCAAGAGGAGCCGUGCCCAGGCCAUUGGUGCUCUAGGAGCCUUGGUAGAUCUCCUGGGACCUGGCCUCAUUUUGCCACCAAAUAGAAGAUUGCGAACUUUUCAAUCGCAACCGGGGUUACUUGGUGUUCUGCAAAAGUCCUCCAGAAAGACUUGGAACACUGGGCAAGAUCUCCCGCCAGACUUGACGGAAGCGCAUCUUAUCCAAUGGGCUUACGAGGACUGGCUUAAGAUCUCUUACUUCAAGGUCAUCCAGCUGCUGGAGGUCUGGUGUAACGACGAGAUCGAAUACUCCCGAACCCGCUCUCUUGACUUUGUCUAUGGACUGCUUAAGGAUAAGCCGGAGCAAGAGACAAAUUUGCUGAGAUUACUGGUCAACAAGCUUGGCGACAAGGAUCGGAAGAUUGCCUCGAGGGUCUCGUAUCUCUUGCUGCAGCUUCAGAACACUCAUCCUGGGAUGCGGCAGAUAAUCGUUAAGGCCAUCGAACAGGAGGUGCUACUGCGACCGGGGCAGACUUUCAGAGCCAAGUAUCACGCUACUAAUACGCUCAACCAGACAAUCUUGAGCAGUCGUGAAGUUGGUACAGCAGAAACACUACUUCGUAUCUACUUUGAUAUUUUUGUCACCCUCCUCAACAGUUCUGUACUGGGAAGAGCGUUUGGGGAGGACCAGCAGGAGCGUACAGCAGCCGUUAAAGAUUCGGCCGCAUCUGCAGAACGUCAAACGGCCGACAAGCUGGUUACUGCAGUCUUGACGGGUAUUAAUCGAGCGGUGCCGUUUGUAUCUGCCCAAAAUCCUAUCCUUGAAUCCCAGGUGGAUACAUUAUUCCGGAUCGCACAUUCGACGAAUUUCAACACCAGUAUCCAGGCAUUGAUUCUCAUUCAGCAGCUUUCAGUCUCGAGGCACUUGGCAUCCGACAGGUUUUACAGGACACUGUAUGAAUCACUGUUGGACCCCCGCUUGGCUACCUCUUCGAAGCAGGCUCUUUACUUGAACUUGCUGUUGAGGUCAUUAAAGGCGGAUGUUGAUACGCGACGAGUAAAGGCUUUUGCAAAAAGAAUGCUACAAGUUUUGAACUUACACCAGCCUGCUUUUGCCUGCGGUCUACUGUAUGUGGUAUUUCAGCUGCGACUACAGUUUCCUGAACUCAAGGCACUUCUCGAGGAGCCAGAAGAAAAUGGCGCAGAGGAAACCACUAGUAAGCCUAUGGAGCAGGUCAACAAUGAAUCCGUCUCAAGGGGAACAUCAUACGAUGGCAGAAAGAGGAAUCCGGAGCAUAGCAAUGCACAAAAUAGCUGUCUUUGGGAAAUCGUUCCUCCUCUAACCCACUUCCAUCCGUCCGUGUCUUUACUUGCUGCUAGUUUGUUUUCCGACGAGAAACAAAUGGCUAAGCCAGAUCUGGAGAGUCACAGCUUGAUCCGGUUCCUCGAUAAGUUUGUUUACCGUAAUCCCAAAGUGGCCGAGGUCAACCGAGGAGCAUCCAUUAUGCAACCAGUUCAUAACCCAGAUUCGGGCAGCAUCUGGCUCGCCAAGAGAAAGGGUUCGGCCGCUGCUGUGCCCAUCAACUCACCGAGCUUCUGGAAUAAGAAGACUGAGCAGGUUGCAGUGGAAGACAUCUUUUUCCACGAAUACUUCAAGCAAGCCGGCAAGAGGAGCGAAUCGGGCAAAAACGAACCUACUAAAAAUGCUACUGUAUCUGAUGGAAUGGAUGAUGAUGCCGGUCAAGAAGAUGAGAUUUGGAAGGCACUAACUGCUUCACAUCCAGACGGGCCAAUUGACAGUGACGAAUCCAGUCUCGAGAUGGAUGGCUUCGACGACAGCGACGAUUCAUCUGAUGAUGAGGUUGUGUUUUCUGACGGCUCAGACGAUGGGUUUUCAGGAGAUGAGCAGGAUGAUGACGCUGACGAGGCCGAAGAAAGUGAGGAAGGCGUGGAAGAUGAUGAGGGCAAUCCUGAACUUUCGGCACCUCCUGUCGAUGACGACGACACUGAGAAGAGCAAGAAGGGAGGGCGAUCGUCCAAAAGGAGACUUAAGGACUUGCCAAUGUUUGCUUCUGCAGAUGACUACGCAGAGCUCCUGGCACAGGAGGAGGACUAG